UACUUACCUCGGUAAAAUGUCUUAUCGUAAUUUUCAAAGUAACUGUUCUAAAGUAGGCCCAGAGAGUAUUUAAUACUAGGCCUAUGUACUUCGGCUAAAGUAAAGAUCGAAAUGAAGAGAGGGAGGCGAAAAGGGGGAACCACUCUUAUUUACUGGCCGGGCUGCAUCAUCAGCCAUUCUUACACUCGUACUCGUACUUUCGUUUCUUUCCCAUAACAAAAGAAAACAUGAAGGCUCAGAAACUUAGUCCAGCCAGAUGAUGAUUUUUGUCCCAGAGUAGAUGCUCUGUGUGAAGAGAGUUUCUAUGUGAUAGUGGCCUACUUGUCUGUCUGUAUUGAAUCUGUAUGGUCUAUAUUCUAAAUUGACUGAAACUAAAUAAAUAAUCUUGCCAAAAAAGUAGUAAAAAAGUGUGUCACUGCUGGCCUUGUUGAACUACGCCUUUUGCUGACUCAAGAUAGAUCUAGAUCUAAAUCUAGGUCUAGAUCUAUAUCUAGAAUCUACGUUUAGGUCGAAGACAACUUUGAGGCUCUAAAGAAUGGAUGACAGAAAUGAAAAACUGAAGAGUUACGAAGCAGCAGUUCGACAUAGAGUGCAAUGUGAGGAAAGAGCUUUUCGCAUUGUAAACAAACUCAUAGAUGGGGCUGUGGAAGAGUCCUAUCUCAUUGAAUGUGGCCAGCUUAUAAGCCGAGAGCACUACAGUGAUAUUGUGGAGGAGAGAGCUAUCAGUCUUCUGUGUGGCUACCCACUGUGUGAUAAGCCUCUGGAAAAUAUUCCAAAGAAAAAGUUCCAUAUCUCCACAAAGUCGAACAAAGUUUAUGAUAUUUCUGAGAGGAAGAAUUUUUGCAGCAACCAAUGUUUGCGAGCAUCCAAACACUUCCAGAACCAGAUAUCCGAGUCUCCUGUGUGGGCUCGGGCCAAGGAGCCGCCUGUCCACUUAAAGAUCCUGCCUCUGUCUGACAACAAGGGCUUUGUUGGAGAUGAAGUUGUCGGCACAAAUCCUCGGAAAAUUCUAGAAGAUGAAGUUUCCAGUCUCAACAACUUGCCUGAAAAAGAAAGUUCCCUGGCAAAAUCUGAACGUAGUCGAGUGGCUCCAACUUCAGGGAAGAAACCAGGUACUAAACCUCAGGAGGCAUGUACAAAGAGCUGUGACAGUUCCUCUGAGCGUAGUGAACAUGUUGAGAAGGCUGAUGAACAGAACAACCGUACUUCUGAUACUGUCAGUAACAGUGAAAGUGUCGCUACCAAAGACAAUACAUCGACCACCCAGCUCUCUCAAAACCUAGAGCAGUUGACCAUUUGUGAUGUAGUUGAGAAGAGUGAUAAUUUAAACCAAAAUAAUGCAUUGACUUCAACAGAAGGUGGCAAAGAAGAAAGUGUAGUCCUUGGUGUGCCUAAAACGUGUAGUUCUAAUUCAGUGGAAAAGACUUCGGCUCCACCGCAGCUUAAUGAUGCAAGUUCAGGGCAUGAUGGCAGCAAAAAGACAGCUCCUCCAGCAUAUGAUUCAUCAAAGAAAUCACAGGCUGGCAUCCCCUCUCACGCAGUCCAAAGUUCAGUAAGCCCUUCUGCAAAUCGGGUCUCUACAGAUGACAAAAUGCAACGUUUAUUGGAGUUGAUGGCACGCAAAAAAUCUGUAUUGUCAGGCAUGGUGGAAAUGCAGACUGUUGUUGUCAGCAAAGCGCCUGAGCAAUGUAAAUCACCUGAUCAACGUAAAUCUCACAAGGAAAAUGAUCAGACAACUACACCUGCAACCAAGGUUGCACCAGAUAUGAAGCAGAAGGUAACGAAAAAAACAAAGAAAAGCAAGUCUCCUUCUCCUCUUUCACCGCUCACUUGUAUUAAGAACUCCCUAAAGAGGUGGAUAUCUGGUGCCACUGUAGAAUACCUCAAGACCACAGACAAUAAAUCUCCCAAUGCCACGGCAGAGCUGCCUGGGUUCUCAGAUCCCCGUGUUCAGGCAGGCUACGCCGACUUGUGUCACCGACUCGGGGCGAGGGAGAAGGAGAUGAACGCCUUUGUGAAGGAGACGGUGGACGGUGACAAGGCCCAGACUCAAGGACAGAAUGACGUGCCAAAAAAGUUGCCAGACUACAAGGCCCUGAAGGAGGAGGCUGAUGCUUUCCAGCUGAAGGUCUCGGAGUUUCUGACUGGGAAGAGAGCAAAAGACAGAGCAGGUGCCAAAGAGAAUAUGGAACCAAACGAUGUGUUUAUCCCAACGGUUGAUGCCUAUGAUCAGCACCAGAUACGGGUCCGUAUUGUGCUAGAUCGACUCGACAAAUCUUUGGUUGAACUGCUGGGAGCCUUGAGGCUGACGGUGCAGGAUGUUUCAGGACGUCUCCGAGAACUUAUCUACACAUUUCGCUUUGAGAAAGACACCAUUGUUUACAAGCCUUGGGAAUGGACACUUGUUGCUGUAUUCAUCCUGAAGAUGCUUGCUUUGAAGCAUCCGACCAUUUCUGCAGCAUUCGCUCAGGAGUCAGCCAUACGAUUUUUCAAAACUCUGCUUGAAGGCAUCGGCCAUUGUGAGAAGGACUUAGACAACCAAGUGAAAGAUUUAGUCUCGUGUCGUCACGAGGACCUGUGACGAGAGGAGUCUUGGUUUUUUUUCUUAAUGAUUCUACUGAUCCUUGUAGAGAUGCUUUGUUCACGAUGAUGUACAGUGUGCAAUAAUGGUAGAUAACACAGGAAACAGCGUGGAACAGCACACUCUCCCUUGUUUGCCAUAUCAGGCAGAAGGGCUAGAACUUAGAUGGCUCCUGGAUCAGAAAAGUAAAAGUCAUGAAAAAGUCACCUGUCGUCACCAUUCAGCACCUGAUUUGAGUGGCGGUCAGCUUGUCUCGCACAUGGACAUUCAGCUGUGGUCAGUCACUCUGCUUAACCAUGCUUUUGCUAUAUGUCUCUGUGGAUGUUUUACACUCUUUUGGGCAUAAUUUGGUUCAUUGAGGAAGCUGGCUGCUUUGACCCUGUCAAACAUCUCAGAAGACAGAAAAGAGAUUCUGUAUAAAAAUACCUCCCCUCAUAGGAAUUGAACUCAAGUCUUCUGCAUGCAACACCUAGAUAUGUGAAUGGGUCUCUGAGCAAGCAGUCGUACACAAGCCUAUCAGUGGACGGAAAGCUCAUCAUUGGUUUAUUUACUACACUCAGUCUUGACUCAAGACAUCCAAGAUGUAGGAAUUUUACCAGUGUGCUCCGUGCCUUGAUUGGGCCUUACUAAAAAAUCACUCCCAAAGAGAGUCUCAGUCUUUUUUUCCUCCCUUACUUCUUCUCAGUGUUAAUGUUGAUCAACAUAGUCGACCCACUGCGCUAUGAUCAGUGUCUUUGUACUGUACUGCUAUCGGUUCUCAUGAUCAAAAUAGAGUCCAUCAAUGACCACAUUGGCGUCUGAAAGAAUAAAGAAAUGUCUGCCAAAACUGCUUAUCACUCUUUUGGAAUCUAUGUUUAAAUAUAUCUCUAACACCUGGCAUAGUUUACAUUUGUAUGUAGUUCGGUUCAGUGUGAUGCUGGAGUGGGAGGUUGGAGAGCGCCAUCGGAAGAUUUUACUUCUUUACUUUCCCUCUGUUGUUUCUGUCCGUCUGUCUGUCUGUCCUACUUUUUCCCAACAUGAAAUGACCAUGAUUGUGUCAAUGUGCUUCUUUUUACUCUAACAAAAAAACAAAGAAACAAGUGGUGCUGGAUGAGACUCUCAGAGAAAUCAUAGAUCACUCAUCUUCUUCUUCUCGUUCAUCUCUUUACGGACAUCCCAGUCUCUUGUGAGAAGGCUGCUGUUCUCCACAGGUUCUCCAGGGUUCCGUUGAGUUUUGGGUCUGUCUGCCUAGGGUUGGGCCAAUAUUAACUUCUAAGUGCCUCAAGCAUGGGGCAGGCUUGUAGCAGAUGCUUUCCUGUUUGGCUUUCAAUUUCGUACCGUCAUUUCUCUGAGUUGCCAAUCCUGAACUUUUUAUUUUUUGGAUAUGUGUUUUACUAUGUACGUUUGCUUGGAAUGAAAAAUAAACAUGUUCUUAAUGAGAUAAA